CUAAGAGCCUAAUUGCGCAUGCGCAAGUUUUCUCUCUCCUCCCCCCCCCCUUUUUUUUCCCUUUUCCAAGUAGCUUUGACUACCGCGGAGCCUCCGCGCCAUUUCUCUGCGCCUGCGUACUGCGAUCCUGCGCAGCCUGGGAGGCGGGUUUUAGCUCCAGGUUUGUACCGCUGCUGAGUAGACGCGAACGAGGUUUGCCAGGUCUAGAAAAGUGACUUCCAUCCAGGUGGUGGAGAAGGCGAUGUGAAAGCGAAAAAGCAGGCCCUUCCAUUUCUAGCUCCGAGCGUGUUUCCUGCGGGUCCCUGGGAACGGCAGAAUUCUGGAUCCGUGGGGUGGGGUCUGUCCUUGCAGGGAUCUGAGCGCCCCCUCCUGGGGACGGUGCUCUGGCCGCCGUCAGCUGUUGGACUGACUGGUUGGCGAUUUCCUAGACCCCACUGGAUCCCAAGCCUUCUGGGUGAGGCACCCUGGUUUGGUACUCUAGAAUCUCCUAUAUUGCUGGGCUUUUUCCCUAGUACUCUAUGUCCCUUGCCUUGGGCCAUGGAACCAUUGCAGGCAGCACAGCGGCGCCUCUGUCUGAAGAAGGGGAAGUGACUUCCGGCCUCCAGGCACUGGCGGUGGAGGACACUGGAGGUCCCUCUGUCUCGGCUAGUAAGGCCGAGGAAGAGGGGAAAGGCAGUCAGGAGGAGGUCGGGCGUGAGGGAUCCAGGGUUGAGGAGGUACUAGAAGCUCCCGGCGCUGCGAGCGACGAGCGUGCGGAGGGAGAAUCCGAAGACUGGUGUGUGCCCUGCAGCGAUGAAGAGGUGGAGCUGCCGGCCAGUGGGCAGUCCUGGAUGCCCCCACCCUCCGAAAUCCAGCGGCUCUAUGAACUGCUGGCUACCCAAGGUACUCUGGAGCUUCAAGCAGAGAUCCUACCCCGCCGGCCGCCCACUCCCGAGGCCCAGAGUGAAGAGGAGAGAUCAGAUGAGGAGCCAGAGGCCAAAGAAGAGGAGGAGGAAAAGCCGCACAUGCCUACAGAAUUUGACUUUGAUGAUGAGCCAAUGACACCAAAGGACUCACUGAUUGACAGAAGACGUACACCAGGAAGCUCAGCCCGGAGCCAGAAACGGGAGGCGCGUCUGGAUAAGGUCCUCUCAGACAUGAAGCGACAUAAGAAGCUAGAGGAGCAGAUCCUUCGGACUGGGAGAGACCUCUUCAGCUUAGACUCAGAGGGCCCCAGCCCUGCCAGCCCUCCACUCCGAUCCUCAGGAGCUAGUCUCUUUCCCAGGCAGCGGAAGUACUGAUGCUUGCUCUUCAGGCCUACAGGGGCAGACUGUUUUGUGCUGGGCAGGGCCGGCCUUUUCUACCCCAGGCUCUGGGAAACAUGUAACAGGAAAAGCUUCAAGCUCCCAGCACAGUGCCUUUCAGAAAAGUGUUCUGUCGAGUGUCUGUUUGCAGUUUUGAGCUGGAUAUGCUGAAUCUAAUAAAAGAUGCCGGAUGAUCUUC